AUGGUGGUUCUACUGAACACACGUAUUCUUAUACUACUUGCAACAUCAUCUUUCUUGACGUUGAAGCUCUGUUUUGGUGAAGACAGAAUCACGUUCUCGACUCCUAUCAAAGACUCAGAGACACUUCUCUCCAAAAGUGGUGUUUUCAGGUUUGGCUUCUUUACUCCUGUAAACUCCACUGCUCGGUUACGUUAUGUUGGGAUUUGGUACGAUAAGAUUCCAGUUCAAACUGUAGUUUGGGUUGCUAACAAAGACACUCCCAUCAACGACACUUCCGGUGUUGUUUCCAUCUCUGACGAUGGAAAUCUUGUGGUCACGGAUGUUCGAAACCAUCUUCUGUGGUCGACCAACGUCACAGUACCAGUGGCUCCAAAUGCUACAUGGGUUCAGCUAAUGGAUAGUGGGAAUCUUAGGCUACAAGACAACAGAAACAACGGUGAGAUUCUGUGGGAGAGUUUCAAGCAUCCUUAUAACUCUUUCUUACCAAGAAUGACUCUUGGAACCAACAACAGAACCGGAGAGAAUCUAAAGCUUACUUCAUGGAGAAGCUAUACAGACCCUUCAACAGGGAACUACACAGCUGGUCUUGCUUCUUUCACGUUUCCUAAGCUCAUGUUUCCUGAGCUUCUGAUAUGGAAGAACAAUGUUCCAAUCUGGCGUAGUGGACCCUGGAACGGUCAGGUUUUCAUCGGUUUACCUGAUGUGGACUCUCUUCUGUUUCUUGAUGGGUUUAAUCUUGUCAAUGAUAAUCAAGGAACGUUUUCAAUGUCAUUUGCUAAUGAUUCUUUCAUGUAUCACUUUAACUUGGAUCCUGAUGGAGCUAUAUAUCAGAGAGAUUGGAGUACUAGAGGUUGGAGGAUUGGUGUAAGGUUUCCAUCGACGGAUUGCGAUGCAUUUGGUAGAUGUGGUCCUUAUGGGAUCUGCAAUUCUAGAGAAGAUCCACCUUGUAAAUGCGUUAAAAGGUUUGUGCCAAGGAACAACACAGAGUGGAACAGAAGGAGUUGGACUAGUGGAUGUGUGAGAAAAGCUUCAUUGCGGUGUGAGAGGCAGAGUAAUGUAAGUAACGGUGGUGGAGGAAAAGGAGAUGGGUUUUUGAAACUGCAGAAGAUGAAAGUGCCAAUUAAUGCAGAACAGUCUCUAGCUAAUGCGCAAGCGUGCCCUAAGCAAUGUUUAGAUAACUGUUCUUGCACUGCUUAUGCUUAUGAUAGAGGAAUCGGAUGCAUGCUUUGGAGUGGUGAUUUGGUUGAUAUGCAAUCAUUUUUGGGGAGUGGAAUUGAUCUUUAUGUUCGAGUUGCUCAUUCUGAACUCAGUGAGUAA